AUGUCGUGGUUAUUUGGGUACAGUUCUACGCCUCCGCCACCCUCUGAUGUUCCACCUGCAGAUUCUGGAGGGUCUGCCGCACCCCCAACUAACCUAACCAAAUCUGAAAAGAAAGCCAUGGAAGCCUAUCGUUUUGACUCUAGUGCUUUAGAAAGAGCUGCACAAGCAGCUAGAGAACUAGAACGCUCAAAACAUUCAAAAGAAGCCUUGGAGUUAAGUAAGCUACAGGAAAGUACCAAACAGACAGAACAAAUGGCUAAAAUAAAAGAAUAUGAAGCUGCCAUAGAACAAGCCAAAGUCGAACAGAAGAGAAUUGAUUAUGAAGAGCGCAGGAAAACAUUACAGGAGGAAACUAAACAACACCAAAUGAGAGCCCAGUAUCAAGAUCAGUUGGCUAAAAAGAGAUAUGAAGAGCAGCUUGUACAACAGCAAAAAUCUCAAGAUGAAAUCCUUAGAAAACAAGAAGAGAGUGUAGCAAAGCAAGAGGCAUUACGGCGUGCUACUAUUGAACAUGAAAUGGAGCUAAGAGAGAAGAACAAACUCAAAGCUAUUGAGGCAGAAGCUCGAGCCAAAGCUAAAGCUGAUCGUGAAAAUCGUGAUAUCACAUUAGAACAAAUAAGAUUAAAGGCAGCUGAAAACAGAACCACUAUUCUAGAAGGUAUCAAGACAGCAGGGAGUGUUGUGGGUACUGGCCUUAAUGCUCUUGUGACUGAUUGGGACAAAACUCUAGCUGCUGCUGGAGGAUUGUCACUUUUGGCUCUUGGUGUAUACUCCGCUAAAGGGGCAACAUCAGUGGCUGCAAGAUUUAUUGAGGCUCGCAUUGGCAAACCCACCCUUGUGAAUGAAACAUCUAGAUUCUCUUUACUGGAAGCUGUUAAACAUCCCAUACUCACCGUUUCCAAAGCAAUUCAGAGUUUCAAAAAGCCAUCAGAUGCUUUAGCAGGCGUUGUUCUAGCACCAACCCUUGAGCGACGACUUCGAGACAUUGCUAUUGCAACUAAAAAUACGCGUUUGAACAAGGGAUUCUAUAGAAAUCUGCUCAUGUAUGGACCUCCUGGAACUGGUAAAACUUUGUUCUCAAAGAAACUGGCAAAACAUUCAGGCAUGGAGUAUGCUAUACUCACGGGUGGUGAUGUUGCCCCCAUGGGAAAGGAUGCUGUUGCAGCUAUACAUAAAGUAUUUGAUUGGGCUAAUACAAGCAAAAAAGGUGUACUCCUCUUCAUUGAUGAAGCUGACGCAUUUUUGAGAAAGCGUUCCUCUGAAAGAAUUAGUGAAGACUUGAGAGCAGCGCUCAAUGCAUUCCUGUACAGGACAUCUGACCAAAGCAAUCGGAUUAUGUUGGUGCUUGCUUCAAACACGCCUCAACAAUUCGAUUCUGCGAUUAACGAUCGUCUCGACAAGAUGAUUGAAUUCGGACUGCCUGGUCUUGAGGAGCGUGAACGAUUGAUUCGUCUUUACUUUGAUACCUUUGUUCUUAAGCCUGCAUCAGAAGGAAAGAGGCGAUUGAGUGUAGACCAAUUCGACUACAGUGCAUUAUGUACAACACUCGCCGCCCGGACAGCUGGUAUGUCUGGCCGAGCACUCUCCAAGUUGGGUGUUGCAUGGCAGGCGGCAGCUUACGCCUCUGACGAUGGACGCCUCACUGAGCAAAUGUGUAUUGAUAUAUGUGACGAUGCUGUUCGAGAUCACCGUCAAAAGAUGGAAUGGCUGUCAUCUGAGGAGAAAUCGCGAAGUAUGAUGCCAUAUCUUCUAGACUUGCCUCCUUUGGAUGUAGAACACAAUGAAAUCGCUCAAGUUGUUAGCAAGAAUCAUACAGUGGCGGAGGAUACAAAUGAAUCCAAAAAUGCACAAAAGAAGAAAGAGGAUAUUGUUGAAUUAGAAAAGUGA